CUCCUGCCUCCAGAGUCCAAGGGUCCAUGUGGUGGGUGGACUGAGCUGUGCUGAGUAGGAGAGAGGGAGUCCACACUGGGGACAAUUAUUGACGGGUGGCAUGGGAUUCGAAGAGCUGCUAGAUCAGGUGGGUGGCUUUGGGCCCUUCCAGCUGCGGAAUGUGGCCCUGCUGGCCCUGCCCCGAAUACUGCUGCCCAUGAACUUCCUCCUGCCCAUCUUCCUGACUGCUGUGCCUGCCCACCGCUGUGCCUUGCCUGGUAUCCCUGCCAACUUCAGCCACCAGGACACAUGGCUGGAGGCCUACCUUCCUCGGGAGCCCGAUGGCAUGCUCAGCUCCUGCCGCCGUUUCACCUACCCCCAGGCCCUCCCCAACACUACAUUAGUUGGAGAAGGGCACAGUCCUGGGGAGCUGCAGGGUGAGCAAUCCACAGAGCCCUGCCCUCAAGGCUGGGAGUACGACCACUCAGAGUUCUCCUCCACCACUGCAACUGAGUGGGACCUGGUGUGUGAGCAGAAAGGCCUGAACAAAGCCAUUUCCACCUUCUUCUUCGUCGGUGUGCUGGUGGGGGCUGUGGCCUUCGGAUACCUGUCUGACAGGUUUGGGCGGCGCCGUCUGCUGCUGGUGGCUUAUGUCAGCGCCCUGGUGAUGGGCUUAGCAUCUGCAGCCUCAGUCAACUACAUCAUGUUUGUCAUCACUCGCACCCUCACUGGUACAGCCCUGGCUGGCUUCACCAUCAUCGUGAUGCCGCUGGAGUUGGAGUGGCUGGACGUGGGACACCGCACCGUGGCAGGUGUCCUGAGCAGCACCUUCUGGACAGGGGGCGUGAUGCUGCUGGCGCUGGUCGGGUACCUGAUACGGGACUGGCGAUGGCUUCUGCUGGUUGUCACCCUGCCUUGUGUCCCAGGCAUCCUCAGCCUCUGGUGGGUGCCUGAGUCUGCACGCUGGCUUCUAACUCAGGGCCGUGUGGAGGAGGCCCACAGGUACCUGCUCUGCUGUGCCAGGCUCAAUGGGCGGCCUGUGGGUGCGGAUGGCCUGAGCCUGGAGGCCCUGAGCAAAGUGGCAGCUGCAGAGCAGGUGGUUCGGAGACCGUCCUACCUAGACCUGUUUCGAACACCGCGGCUCCGACACAUCUCACUGUGCUGCAUGGUGAUGUGGUUUGGAGUGAACUUCUCCUAUUACGGCCUGAGCCUGGACGUGUCAGGACUGGGGCUGAACGUGUACCAGACGCAACUGCUGUUUGGGGCUGUGGAGAUGCCCUCCAAGCUGCUGGUCUAUCUGUCGGUGCGCCACGCUGGUCGCCGCCUCACACAGGCAGGAACGCUGCUGGGCAGUGGCCUCUGCUUCGGCCUCAGGCUGCUGGUGUCCACCGAGAUGGUGUCCUGGAGCACCGCCCUGGCAGUGAUGGGGAAAGGUUUUUCUGAAGCUGCCUUCACCACUGCCUACCUGUUCACCUCGGAGUUGUACCCUACCGUGCUCAGACAGACAGGGAUGGGGCUGACUGCACUGGUGGGCCGGCUGGGCGGCUCUUUGGCCCCAUUGGCAGCCUUGCUGGAUGGAGUAUGGUUGUCACUGCCCAAGCUCACUUAUGGGGGGACUGCCCUACUGGCUGCCUGCACUGCUCUCCUGCUGCCAGAGACAAGGCGGGCACAACUGCCAGAGACCAUCGAAGACGUGGAGAGGAAGAGUGCUCCAUCCAGCCUUCAGGAGGAACGGAUGCCCAUGAAGCAGGUCCACGACUGA